CAAGUUACAAAACGGUGACUGGCGAGACAAAAAAAAAGACGAGGUUGGUCUUAAGAGCAGCUUGAGAAUGAGCCAGCCCCCGAACUGACCUCUCGGAAUUCCUCCAGUGAGCUCACCAGUGUUUUUCCUCAUAUAACGGUGACACACCAACAAUGGAGAACUACAGGCUGUUCCUCUCUCUGCUGGUUUUCGCCUUUGCUGUUGGCUUCGUCUCGGUAGUUUUCGUCCUCAGAUGGGUUCUGCACUUCCGUGAGGGGCUUGGAUGGGAUGGAGGAGCGGCCGAGUUCAACUGGCAUCCUCUUUUGGUUGUGAUCGGCUUUAUUUUUCUACAAGGAAUUGCAAUUGUUGUGUACAGGCUCCCAUGGACGUGGAAGUGCAGUAAGUUGAUGAUGAAGUUCAUUCAUGCAGGCCUGAAUGUGCUGGCCUUCAUCCUGGCUGCUAUUUCUCUGGUAGCAGUGUUUGACUUUCAUAACACAAAGAACAUUCCCAACAUGUACAGCCUGCACAGCUGGGUAGGGUUAACUGCUAUCAUACUGUACUCGCUACAGAUUGUACUGGGCAUUGGCAUCUACCUCCUUCCUAUAAGCCCAGUACACUUGCGAGCUGCAUUUAUGCCUAUACAUGUGUACAGUGGCCUGUUUAUCUUUACCAGUGUGAUUGCUGCUGCUCUCAUGGGCAUUACUGAGAAGCUCAUAUUUGCCCUGAAAAAUCCAGCAUAUAAAGAUUCUCCUGAAGAGGCCACAUUUGUUAAUGUCCUUGGUUUGCUAAUAAGCAUGUUUGGGGGACUUAUUCUCUGGAUCGCUACCCGUCCUUCAUGGAAGAGACCCAGUGAGCAGGUCCUCCGCUCGCAGCACAGCAGGGAGCCCACACAAGCAGGAACCAAAGUGAGCACAGCCAUGUCUGAGAGACCAGACACAGAGCCCAGCAGUGAGGCUCAUGGAAGAAAUGCAAAAAUGUAAGAUUCAGGAUCAGCAGUCUAAAAGAGGUAAAGUAGGAGGAAGUGUCUAUCUGCUGAGCUCAUCAUUUCAAAGCAAAAAAAAAACUUUAAUAUUCCUUCAAACAAAGUCCAAGAUUAUUUUUUAACAGAGGUGUUUUAUUCUAAGGCUAAUUUUACACUGUUACCAAUGUUAAAUGUAUUUUCCAGAAGGAGAAUGUUUGAAUGUCAUACUAUUGUAAGGGUUAUUUUUAUACUUUUUUAUAGGGAUAAAAGGGAUAAUGCAGUGGUCAGUACAGUAUUUCCUCACAAGAAUGCCUUUAUGGUUCCUAUUAAACUUGUCACCUUUCUAUGAUGCAUCUAUGCUGACAUUACAAAUUCUAAAUGGAAUAUUAUGGCGCAAAUUGAACACUAUUCAAUUCUAGUGAAGUUAUUGAAACAUUUUCUUGUUGUAUUAUUACUUUUAGCAAAUAUCCACUUAUGAAAUUGCACUAACAUCAUUUUACUAUAGUUAAGUUCUACAACAGUUACAAAAUAUUCAAUAACUGGAAAAGCGUAUGUUACUUUUACAGUAGUACAUUGUCCCAAAAGGUCAUUUUUGGUUGUGAAAAAUGUUCUGAGACUUUGAUGUGUUUACAUUUUUGUUGGUUAGUUUUGUGUCUGUUAGAGCAUUGUGAUUGUUUUUGGGGAAAGGGGACUUUUGCACAAGUUGAGGUCUGAAAACACUUAGGCUUAGAAUCUGAUUAUGUGCAGCAGCUGUACACUGCAGCAAGCAAGAUAUGCUGCUUUUUUACUGUCUUAGCAGAUCCAUGUGUUUAAAUGCUGGAUUGCUGACAUGCUUUGCUUUAAGAAGGAAUGAAAGCAUUUACCCUUUCAGUGUCUUUCUGCUCAAAACCACAUCCAAAUGUGUGCAGUAUAUCCAGGCCUUCAUGCGAAUGACCUUGUAUUACAUAAUCAUACAAGAAAAUCAGCAUUGUUUAGAGAGUUAUUUGCUAUAUUUUUAUGAUUUUCCAAGAUCAAUAAAAUAUUCUGUAAUUUC